CCCGUCUCCUCGGAGACCGGGGAGAGCUGGUGCCUCAAUAGAGUAGCCGGCGUCCCAGGAGAACGGAGAGCUUCAUCAGAUGGAGUGAUACUCUUGAAACAUGAACAAGAAAAGGACUAAUUAAGUUUUCCUGUUUCAGGAAAAAAAAACCCAACAACCUCAAAAUGUAUAGGCCAGGGGAAACAGUCAAACGUCGACUCAACGUGCAUGCUCCUCCUCGGAUAAGAAAUGUGGAAGUUGCUAGAGGAAGAGCAGGUUAUGGAUUCACCCUUUCUGGGCAAGCUCCUUGUGUUCUUAGUUGUGUUAUGAAAGGAAGUCCUGCAGACUAUGUGGGGCUUAAAGCAGGAGAUCAGAUACUUGCAGUUAAUGAAAUCAAUGUGAAAAAAGCCUCUCAUGAAGAUGUCGUGAAACUUAUAGGAAAGUGUUCUGGAGUCCUGCACAUGGUCAUUGCUGAAGGGCUUGGUCAUAUAGACUCAUGUUCAAGCGAUGAAGAAGUUGGUUUUUAUGAUGGGAAGGGAUGGCUAAAACCCAAACCUGACUCUAAAGCUCUGGGUAUAAACAGAGCAGAGAAAGUUGUUGAAGAAAUGCAAUCUGGUGGCAUUUUCAACAUGAUCUUUGAGAAUCCUACUCUUUGUGCUCCUAGCUCAGAUUAUUCUGCACCAAAGCAAAGAUCGUUUUCAGCUUCUGCUGCUAUUAGGUUUGAAAGUGGCAAUGAAAGCAAUCCAAACCUACUGUCAAAGGAAGAAAUAUCCAGAGUCCUAAAUGAUGAUUCUGUUUUUAGAAUUGGACUGGAGAGUGCAGAAGACUUUGGAUUAGAUGCAAGCAUAUUAAACGUUGCCAUGAUUGUAGGUUACCUGGGAUCCAUUGAACUUCCUUCCACAACCUCCAAUUUGGAAACUGAGAGCUUGCAGGCUAUCCGUGGGUGCAUGAGACGUCUGCGGGCAGAGCAGAAGAUCCAUUCCCUGGUGAUGAUGAAGAUAAUGCACGACUGCAUUCAGCUCUGCAGCGACAAAUCAGGGGUGGUGGCGGAAUAUCCUGCAGAGAAACUGGCCUUCAGUGCCGUGUGCCCGGAUGACAGAAGAUUCUUUGGGCUAGUUACAAUGCAAACAAAUGAUGAUGCAAGUUUGGCUCAGGAAGACGAAGGGGUUUUGAGGACAUCUUGCCAUGUUUUUAUGGUGGAUCCUGAAUUAUUCCACCAUAAAAUUCACCAGGGCAUAGCAAAGCGUUUUGGACUGGAAUGCACAGCAGACCCCGACACAAAUGGCUGUCUGGAGUUUCCAACAUCAUCUCUACCAGUCUUGCAGUUUAUUUCUGUCCUCUACAGGGAUAUGGGGGAACUGAUUGAGGGAAUGCGUGCCAGGGCUUUUCUUGAUGGUGAUGCAGAUGCUCAUCAGAAUAACAGCACAAGCAGUAACAGUGACAGUGGAAUUGGGAAUUUUAACCAAGAAGAGAAGAGUAAUAGAGUUCUGGUGGUUGAUUUGGGGAGCAAUCCAAGUAAACACAUUCCUAACAGCAUAUGGGAAAAUCCAUUAGGAAGGGGACAAAAUCAGCCUCCUUCCCAUUGGAAUGGCUUCUGUCAUGAACAAGAAGGAAACAUUCCUUUAGAAGCAAUUCCGAGUGAGAAGCCCCAGAGUGUAAGCAAACACCUAAGUCCUUCAGCUCGUAUCGAAGUUCCACUGGUCUCCUCCCGAAAUUCAGUACCUCCAUCCAAGAAAAAUGCUGCAGGCCUAGGCAAUCAGAGGUGGUUGCCUGUGCAUGUUCUGCAGGAGUGGCAGCAAGGGAAUGCAAGUGACCAGGAGUCCUACACGGAUUCCACGGACGGCUGGUCCAGCGUGAACUGUGCCACUCUUCCCCCGCCAAUGAGUAAGAUUCCAGCUGACAGGUACAGAGUCGAUGGCAGCUUUGGCCAGCCACAGCUCAAAUCUCACAAAAGUGAGUGGUCCAAGAAGGUGUUUUGCAUGCAGAACAAAUUUGCCCCUUCGCACAGUAUUAGGAAGUCUAAAGAGGACAAAAAGGGUGCAAAAUUUGGACAUGCCAUGGGAUUAAAUCAGGCUCCUCCUCCACGUUCUUCUGUUCGAAGGUCAUUUGGAAGAUCCAAGCGGUUUAGUAUUACUCGUUCUCUGGAUGACCUUGAGUCAGCAACUGUUUCUGAUGGAGAGCUGAAUAGUACUGAGUUGAAAGACUGCAUCAGUGAGAACAGCCUCAGCAGCAAUGCCAGCCUGCCCAGCGUCCAGAGCUGCCGACGCCUUCGAGAAAGAAGAGUUGCAAGCUGGGCUGUUUCCUUUGAGCGUCUGCUUCAGGAUCCCAUUGGGGUUAAAUAUUUCUCGGAAUUUCUGCGGAAGGAAUUUAGUGAAGAAAAUAUUUUAUUUUGGCAAGCCUGUGAAUAUUUUAACCAUGUACCUGCACAUGAUAAAAAAGAGCUUUCUUACAGAGCUCGGGAGAUCUUCAGUAAGUUCUUGUGUAGCAAAGCUACCACCCCAGUUAAUAUUGACAGCCAGGCACAGCUGGCAGAUGAUAUUCUCAAUUCCCCACAUCCAGAUAUGUUCAAGGAGCAGCAACUUCAGAUAUUUAACCUGAUGAAGUUUGAUAGCUACACUCGCUUUCUCAAGUCCCCUCUGUACCAGGAAUGCAUCUUAGCUGAAGUAGAAGGUCGUGCUCUUCCCGAUCCUCAGCGUGUUCCCAGCAGCCCCACCUCUAAACAUAGUAUCAGCUCAGAGAAGUCCAACAUCUCAACACCAAAAAAGUUAAGUGGUAAAUCAAAGUCAGGAAGAUCUUUAAAUGAAGAGUCAGGAGAGGAAGACACUGAGAAGAAGAAAAGGGGAACGUUUUUCUCGUGGUCAAGAAGUAAGAGUUUGGGAAAAUCACAGAAGAGGAAAGAAAAUGGUGAUUAUCCAAAUGAUUCUAUUCAGUCCAAUGGAUUAUCAUACAGAAGGGAAUCACAAGGCUCCAUGUCAUCAACUGCUAGUCUUGACCUGUCUGAAACCUCCAGAUUGCCUGCAUUUGUGCCAGAGAAAGACAAAUCUCCCAAAUACUGCUGUGUAAACCUGCCAGAUGGUUCAUCCAGCAAAAUGGCUGUUAAAUCUGGAUUCUCCAUCAAAGAGGUGCUAUCUGGGGUCUGUGAGAAGCAUGGCAUUAACAUAGCUGCAGUGGACCUUUUCUUAGUUGGAGGUGAUAAGCCACUUGUAUUGCACCAAGACAGUAGCAUCCUGGAGUCUCGGGACCUACGGUUAGAGAAGCGCACUUUAUUUCGGCUGGAUCUGGUUCCAAUCAAUCGAUCGGUUGGGCUGAAGGCUAAACCCACCAAACCUGUUACAGAGGUCUUAAGGCCUGUGGUUGCCAAAUAUGGUUUAAAUCUGAAUGAACUUGUGGCAAGACUAAGUGGUGAGCAGGAACCGCUUGAUCUCGGUGUCCCUAUAUCUAAUCUGGAUGGUCAGCGGGUGGUUCUGGAUGAAAAAGAGCCAACAAAGGGCAGAGUGUUUACAGAUAAACAGAAAGGUGCAUCAGUCAAACCGACUGCAACCGUCACCACUUCAAGAAGCCAAGUGUCCACUGGAGAGGGAAGAACACUAGGAAAGUCUAAUUCUAUCAAAAUGAAAGGAGAAAAUGGAAAAAAUGCUAGGGAAGUCCGGCUGGCAAAGAGAGAAGACUCUAUUGCAAAGAUGGGGAAAAAAAAAUGUCAGAAAAUAAAUUUGGAUGAAGCAGAGGAAUUUUUUGAACUCAUAUCCAAAGCACAAAGUAACAGAGCAGAUGACCAACGUGGACUGCUAAGGAAAGAAGACCUUGUUCUUCCUGACUUUCUUCGUUUGCCACCCACUGGACCACCUGAACCAUGCUCAUCUACUCCUGCGGGCCCCAGGGGCCUCAACAGGCGAGUUUCAAAACACGAUGGCAGGGAUGGAUGUACAUCUCCAAGUGGAAAACAGGAGUCCAUACAAAACUCGAGUGAGAGUUCACUUAAGAAAAUGGGUUCCUCAGAAAAACACAAAUCAGCUUUGGCAGCACUCCACAGCCAGAAGACUUUCAGCGCUCCUUUGAGUCCUGCACUGUCUCCAAUUCCGCACGCACAGGAAAACAGUGCAGCAAUAUGGAAAAGGCAGUCAAGAGAACUGCAGGCUGAAGGCAUCCAGAUGGUAGACGAUGAGAACGUGGCAGACUUGACUCUUGUGGCUGAAGGAGAUAUUAGCAGCCCUAACAGCACUUUGCUACCGCCGCCACCAACAACACCACCAUCAGACAGCAGUAAGCUCACAGAAGCCAACUAUCCGCCCCCAACUCCUUUGGCAGGUAAUCAGGAAAAACCUGGAUAUCAAAGAUCCAAUUCAGGUGUGAACAACAGAAGCAAAAAAGAUUCCCAAGGGACUUCAAGGAAGUCCUGUGAGCAGACCCCUCACAGAGUGAAGAGCAGCAGAAGCUUUCAUCAUGCUGGUGUGAGAGAGAACCCCAGGACGGAGCUCCCAGUAAACAGGAUAAUCGACGUGGAUGGAGUCAAGCUGGAAGACGCUGGCACAGGCUGCUGUGAGGAUUCUGAGGGCAGCCUCAGCUUUGAAGGUUACAUCUCUGAGCUGAGGUCUUGCCAAGGAAGGAUGAGGACUGGAGUUUACAGGACAUCAGACCUUCCAGCUCUGAUUAAUGUCAAGAGUGAGAAGAACAAGGGCACCGAGAAUCAGUAUAAAGCUACCUUUGUGUAAACCUCUGCUGUUCAUUAGGGGUUCUGGUAUUGCUGCUUGGCAUCAGCAGUGGAGACAAAGCUUAGAGACGUGUUCCUGCGAGUUAGAAUUUGCCUUCAGUGCCCAGCUGCUGUCAGUGAGCCUGCCAGGCCACCUCUUCUGAUGGGAGUUAGAACCUGUAGCAUGAACAAGUAGUAUUUCAGCAAAAGAGUUGGGCUCUUUGGUUCUGUUCUCUUGCUGUUGCUGUAUCCUUUUGCCUGGGAGGAUUCCAUUGCACAGUGCAAUUAAAAUGAUGAUUUCCACCCCUGCCCUUUUUGUCUUUAAUAAAGACAAACUCCCUUUAAAUUCCCCAGUCCAAACUUUUAAGAUGAUUUCACUUUAAUAAUCUUGUAAUGGUUUGGUUGUUGGGGUUUUCUUUUCUCCCUGGCUUGCAGGAUUCCCUGUGUGUCAGUAGGCUUUUGAAGUGCAAGUAAAGUCAGUUACUGGUGUGAAAAGAUGAGGGCUAUUUUCUUAAUAGCUUCCUAUCUUUCUUGCAAGAUUUGGGAAGAGGUCCAGGUGGGAUUCAGUCUUGUCUGCUGCAUUGCCUGGGUGGAUACCUGCAGCGAGAGCACUGUUUUACAAGCUGUAAGAAGGACAAAAGAAGCUGUGAAUUUCCUGUGCUGAGAAUAGGAGCUGCUCUUGUAGCCAGCACUGGUGACAUCUCCAUGCCAGAAACGUAUCCACUAAUUACAGGGUGGUGGGAGGCUUGCCCGGGUUCCUUCUCAUUACUGCUUCUGGUGCCUUUUAGCUUUGGGCAAAGGUGGAUUGUUGCUCUUUUGAUAAGUGGUUUAGUGUCCCUCAUUUCUCUUGUUGUUAAUUCUAGCCUUGGGUGGGGUUUUGAGAGAGGAAAGAUACUGAAGAUUGCUGAACACGUUGCUUUUGCCACUGGUUCCUUUUCCUCCUUCCCCAUUUCCUCAGAUGAGAGAGAGUGAUUGGCAUUGGAAUGGGCUGCCCAGGGAGGCGGUGGAGUCACUGUCCCUGGUGGUGUUGAAGCAAAGCCUGGAUGGGGCACUUAGUGCCAUGGUCUGGUUGAUUGGAGAGGACUGGUUGCUGGGUUGGACUGGAGGUUCUCUUCCAACCUGAUUGAUUCUAUGAUUCUAUGAGGUGAUGAGUCUGGACAUGCAGAAAGGUAGAUGAAGAAAUGACAGUGUUAGACCUGCUGGUGAAGGGCCUGGAGACCAGGUCUUGUGUAGAGAAGCUGAAUGAGCUGGGGUUGUUCAGCCUGGAGAAGAGAAGGCUCCAGGGAGACCUUAGGGCAACCCUCUGCUACCUGAAGGGGGCUACAAGAAGGCUGCAGAGGGACUGUUUGCAAAGGCCUGCAGUGACAGUAUGAGGGCAAGGAUUUGAAAUGAGAGAAGAACAGAUUUAGAUUGGAUGUGAGGAUCAAGUUCUGCACUGUGGGGGUGGUGGAACUCUGCAGCAGGCUACCCAGGGAGGUAGUUGAGGCUCCAUCCCUGGAGCUUUUCAAGGUCAGGCUUGACAGGGCUCUAAACAACCUGAUCUAGUGGAGGAUAUCCCUGGAGAUUGGGGGGGGGGGGGUUAGACUAGAUGACCUUUAGAGAUCCUUUCCAACCCAAACCAUUCUGUGGUUCUAUAGAGAGAAGCCUUGGCACGAUGCCUGGCAAUGCUGUAACCAGAAGGACAAGGCAGACACGGUUCCUUCCCCUGCUGCACUCUUCCCCCAGUUAAGUUGUUUAAAAGAAUGACUUCUUAGCUAGGACUGGUGGGAGUUCACUCCUUAGACUUGGAAAUAAUGACUACUACUAGCUUUCCUUCCCAGUGCCUGGCAGAGUACAAAAGUUAAACCUGCUGGAAUCAGUUGCCACAGAUGAUGGAAUUAAUAGGAAUGAAUGUGGACAUCACGUCUCUGUCUGAUGUUUCCCAAGAUGUUGUCCAGUUUUAAUUGCUGCAUGACUUCCACAUUAUAAUAUGAUUUUAAGUUGCCUCAUUAUGCUGUGAUUUCCACUGGUAAUGAAAUCUGCUUGCAAUUAAAAAAGCAGCCCAGCUGAAGUGCUGCUUGAUGGCUUUGUCCUUUAUCUUGCCAGUCAGUAAAGAUGGUCAGAUUUUAUGUGGCUUUAGUUCUCCUUCACUGUUCCCAGUUUUCCCCUGCUGAAACUCAGCUUGUACAGAGCUUUGCUCUUAUGUCUCCUUAAUGCCAUGAUGAUGAUAAAUAAAAGGGCACUUCAGUUUCCCCCAUCUUCUUACAUCAAAAA